AAUAACAACUUUAAAAGGCAGGGAUCUUACAUUCAAAUUGACUAUUUUGCACACUGCUGGACCUAAUUGACCAAAUGCACGUUGACAUAUUUGGGAUUUAGCUUUUUUUUUUUAGAUGUUUUUAAGGCGUUGAUUUCGUUUGCCCAGCCGUUUCCACAACAACUGCUGCAGUCCUGUUUAUUUACACGGAAAAAUGGCUUCGAUAGCAGCCGCAGCAGCGAGCCUCGACCCGGGCUCCAUACCGCUCGCAGACGCUUUGGUCCCCGCCAGCAUCUUCGCUCCAGACAGGGGAGGAUGUGCGGAGGAUAUCGGGGAUGAGAGCUUUGAAGAUGAGGACGUGUUGAAUGGAGAGUCUCUGGAUCGCGUUGACUUCACCAGCAAGCUCGCCCUGGUGAGCCCAAAUGGAGAGCAGUACGACUCACUACUGCGGCAGUUACGCGACCGCAUGGAAGAGGGCAGCGGUGAGACCAUCUACGUGGUGGGGAUGGGCUCAGAUGGAGGAGACUGGGGCCUGGAUGAGUCAGACAUGGAGGCCUCUGUAGCCACAGUGCGCUCCAUGUGUGAGCAGAUCGACGCAGACCUCAUCCCUCUCCGCGAGCGCACAGAGGCUGCAGGAUCCGUACGUGACUACCUGAUCCGCAGACGUGUGGGGGAGCUGGACUUCCUGGAGGUCAGAGUUGCUGUAGUGGGAAAUGUGGAUGCGGGUAAGAGCACUCUUUUGGGCGUUCUGACACAUGGAGAGCUGGACAACGGCAGAGGCUUUGCUCGCCAAAAGCUCUUCAGACACAAGCACGAGAUGGAGAGCGGACGCACCAGCAGUGUGGGGAACGACAUCCUCGGCUUUGAUCAGGAGGGACAGGUAGUGAACAAGCCUGACAGUCAUGGAGGCAGCCUGGACUGGACCAAGAUCUGUGAGAAGUCCUCCAAAGUGAUCACGUUCAUCGAUCUGGCCGGUCACGAAAAGUACCUCAAGACCACUGUGUUUGGGAUGACUGGUCACCUGCCCGACUUCUGCAUGCUCAUGGUGGGCAGUAACGCUGGUAUAGUAGGAAUGACCAAAGAGCACCUGGGGUUGGCGCUAGCUCUCAAUGUGCCUGUGUUUGUGGUGGUGACCAAGAUAGACAUGUGUCCCUCAAAUAUCCUGCAGGAGACAUUAAAGCUGCUCCAGAGGUUACUCAAGUCUCCAGGCUGUAGGAAGAUCCCUGUUCUUGUCCAAAACAAAGACGAUGUUAUAGUGACCGCGUCCAAUUUCAGUUCUGAGAGGAUGUGUCCAAUCUUCCAGAUCUCCAAUGUGACCGGUGAAAACAUGGACCUACUCAAGAUGUUCCUUAACCUCCUGUCCUCCAGAACAUCGUACCGUGACGACCAGCCGGCAGAGUUCCAGAUAGACGACACCUACUCUGUGCCGGGAGUGGGAACAGUAGUGUCUGGAACUACUUUGCGUGGAUUGAUACGUCUGAACGACACCAUGCUCCUGGGCCCAGACCCUUUGGGCAGCUUCAUUCCUAUCGCUGUCAAAUCCAUCCACAGAAAAAGAAUGCCCGUGAAGGAGGUGAGAGGAGGCCAGACCGCUUCCUUUGCUCUUAAAAAGAUCAAGCGCUCGUCGAUCCGUAAGGGCAUGGUGAUGGUUUCUCCUAAGCUAAACCCACAAGCCACAUGGGAGUUUGAGGCAGAGAUCCUGGUGCUACAUCAUCCCACCACGAUAUCCCCCCGAUACCAGGCUAUGGUGCACUGUGGCAGUAUCCGUCAGACAGCCACCAUCUUGUCCAUGAACCGUGACUGUCUGAGAACCGGAGACAAGGCCACAGUCCACUUUAGGUUCAUCAAGACCCCAGAAUAUCUGCACUGUGAGCAGAGACUGGUGUUCAGAGAGGGAAGGACCAAGGCUGUGGGCACCAUCACCAAGCUUUUGCAGUCAACCAACAAUUUGCCAUCGAAUUCUAAACCUCCUCAGAUCAAAAUGCAGUCGACCAAAAAGGCCCAUAUACGAAAAGAAGAGAGCAGCACAGCGGCAGGAGAGGAGUCAGCCACGAUAGCACCGAGCGCAGGCCCCAGCACAAUACCACCGGGAGAGGGAGACGAGGACCCUCAAAUAAAGGAGGGCAACAAAGAGAACAAGCCAAAAUCCGGAGGAGGAGGGAGGAGACGAGGAGGGCAGAGGCAUAAAGGAAAGUCCCAGAACACCACCAACGCCACGGCAACGCAGUCUAGCACUGGGGGCGGAGCCUGCUAAGCUAUGUGACAAUACCUAACCCCUCUGCCACCACUCAAGUGUCUUCAUAACAUUCAAACCAUCAAGUAAAACAUCUGGCACAAUACCACUGAACUGCAAUAUUAUUUGAUUGAACAUAAAGGCUGGUUACAUGUAUAGGGAUAAUUUAUAAACAAAAAAACAACAAAAAACAGUUUUUAACAAUUUGGGAGAGUUUUUUUAAUUAAUUUUUUUAAUUACAAAUAUUGAUGAUAAUUAGUUAACAUUGUAAGCACAUCCAGAAUUCGUAGUUGAAAACUGAACUACAACAAAAAAAAGAAAAUUUGAUAAAGGACAAUUUAUAAGUAUUUCAAAAUGUAAAAAAAAAAUAAAAAUGUAAACAUGCAAAAGCAAUGCAAAUUAGGGUUUAAUUUAUUGAAAGUAGGCCUGGGCAAUUAAUUCAAUUAAUUUGUGGUUUUAACAAGAUUUAGCAAAAAUGCAAAAUCUUAAAAUUGAACAUUAUUAUGAAGGAAGUUUACUCCAGACUUUCUAUUUUACAAAGCAGGUUAUAGUGCAAUUAGAUUGUUAAAAAAACGCUAAUUCUAAUUUGAACUAUUUAAAUGAGAUUACAAUACAAUACAUUUUUGAAGGCAGUUUAUGUUUUCAUAAAUAAUAGAAUAUGAUGUGAAUGAGAAUGUGAAGAGCUUUACCUUCAGUUAAAAUCAAUAAAAAUCCCAAUUGUUCAGCGUGUGCAAAAACUGUAGAUUUUAUUUUUUGGUGAUAUUGCUCAGGCCUAAUUGAAACAAAAAAAACUAUCCCACGCAUUUUAUGAUUGCAUGAAGACACAGGACAUUUUGUCCAUUUUAUAACAGCCAUUUAAAUUGUGAUUUAAAUAUGAUUGUGAUUUUAGCAAUUAUUCUAAACAAAUUUGCAUUAUAGAAAAUUAUGUUGAAUCAAAAUUCUCUGAAGCUUUUCCGACACACCAGCUGUGUAAGGAACGGUUACACUUUUUCCUUCUAGGUUCAGAUUUCCUGUUUUUUGCUCUGUUAGGUCUAUUGAAGGCCCGUUUUGGAUGUCCUCAAGCUGAGAGGACUUUUAAAGCUUUAGUAUCAAAAUCAGUAUCAGAACUGAAAAAGCUGGAUUGGUGCAUCCCUAAUUUAUAAAUAAAUAAAUUGUUAUAAUAAGAAGUUAUUCCUGUACAUAUGUAGCCAGUCCUUUCAAAGGGAACAAAUCGGGUACAUUUAAAAAUUUGAAUUUUACAAAUACUUAAAUAGACCAUUGCUGUCCAUGUUUUUACAUUCUAUCCGAGGUAUUCAUGCACAUUUUUUUUCUCUUUUUUUAGGAUUAAUUGUUGCUGUUUUUAAGGAAUUUGAGGUUUUAUUAAGGUAAAACUUGAAACCAGAAUUGCAAAUGGGUGUAGUAUUUUAUUUAUUUGUAGAAAAUAGAAGAAUUUGAUUACUUAGGGAAAAAAAAAAUUAACUUUAAACAGCAACAAGGGCAGCUAAAACCCUCCCUCCUAUCAUUCCCUGUGUGAAGAAUUCUAUUUAUAAUAUCACAUUAUGUUGAAUGCUUGUGCCCAAAUUGGAAAAAAAUAUAUUGUACAAAAUGUAUGCAAACUGCUCAUGAAUGUAGCAACACAAUUUUCAAUUUUAAGUUUUAGCUAUACCGGAAAUAUAAGCUGUAAUGUUUCUCAAUUUUGCCAGUUUUUUUGUUUUUAUUUUGGGUUGAAACACUCAGAGGCGCUGUACCUGAUUUUUUUCCCCCAUGUAUUUGAGCAAAGUAGAGAUUUUAUAAGCAGCUCUUGCAGUCACAAUAUGGGCAUUUAAUUAUAAAAUAUUUUAUUGUUGAUAAUCAGGAAGUGUGCUGUUUAGGAUGCUCAGAAUGCAAAAGGUAAGUGAGGAGUAUCUUUUUACCACUGCAAACUGUUUAAAAGGAACUAGUUCUGUUUUUCACAUUUUUAAGAAUGGAAAAAUCAGGUACAGCGCCUUUAACAAUAAGUUUCAGAAUUGUUACACACACAAACACGCUUUUAGCAUAGUGCAGUUUGCAUCGUUCAAAUGAGGUAAUCCAUUCACGUGUAGUUCAAAUGGAGAAUAGCACACAUAUUCUACUAUGGCAGUUCCUGUUGUUUCUACCCUUAUGAUUGCAUUAUAGCUGCUUGUGAAUUUCCUGUGACAAAACUCAAUAUGCCGCCAAUAUGACCGAUAAUAAACUGGCUUCAACUGG